AUACUGUACUUUAACAUUACAUCCCUUGCACUAUAAUUGUAUAAAUCACAAUAAUCACUGAAUUAAUUUAGUUCCUUUAGGACCCAGCAGAGCUCCUCGGAGUCUAUCCCUGUGAUGUAGUACACAUUCUGCCCCUGACGUUUGUGUUGAACUGUACUGGUAGGGAUCUAUAAUCAAUCAGCUUUGCAGACUGUGGGACACACUAACCUCCAUUAUAUGAAAGUGCAUUGUCUUAAACUCAACAUCAGGCUGCUGAAUGUGCGCCUUCCAUGUCUAGGUGAAUUGUUACCUGGUAUCAAUCUCAGUCGGAAUGUCGAGCUUCGAGGUUUGAUGCAGGAUGUUGCUAGCUAGCUAACGUUAGGACAUUUUUUCACUAGCCGAAUUGCUAGCUAACUUUUUUUGGUUUUCAAACUUCUGCAUGCUUUAAAAUAUCAAUCACGUUGAACUCGCACCUAAUUAUGCUCGCCAUUUCAACACGGGGCUUUCUGUGGUCGGAUGUCGAGACCAGAACCUUGCUUAACAUCUGGGGCGAGCAAGACAUCCAGACAGCGUUGGAUGGAAACUUCAGAAACAGUCAUGUCUACCGCGACGUCGCCCGAAGGUUGGGAGAGAUGGGGUUCGAAAGAACCCCAGAGCAGUGUAGGGUGCGAAUCAAAAGCCUGAAAAGGCAGUUCCUCCUGGCCAAGGAGGGCAACCUGAGGAACAAUGGACAAUACCACAAGAUCUGCAAAUUUUACGAUGCCAUGGAGAGGAUCCUGAGCAGCCGUCCCCAGAUUGACCCCCAGGAGCUGCUAGACAGUGGGGCUGUGGGGGAUGAGACCAUGGACGGGACAGAGGAGGAAGAGGACACAGACCCUCCACAGCACCCAUACCUGGAGAGCACAGGGGAAUGCUCCUAUCCAGAGACCCAAGUGAAGCUGGAAUACCCUCCCAUCCCUAUCCCUGUGACUGUGGGAAAUGGCACCACAGUCAGACAGACCAGCAGCAGCCAGUCAGCUAGUGGGCCGUCCUCCAGCCGACCCAAGCGGCCCAAGAAGCGGCACGCUGACCUGCCUCUGGACAGUCUGAUGGAGCGAUUCCUGGAGCAGAGUGCUGAGGCCGAGCAGAGCUUCUACCAGUUGGAGGAGCAGCGUCUGCAGGUCGAGGACCGCCGGCGAGAGGCCGAACAUGCCCGCGAGCUCCACAUGCUCCAGGUGUUGGGACAGAUGUUCUCCAGCAUCGCCACCAGAAACCCUGUCGCCACAGCAACCGCAACCACAGCAAUGCCGCCUGCUCGGAAUACCAUGGAGUCUACCAUGCAGCCCAGUGUGCCGAUGUCCGCCUCCAGCCAUAUGGCGCGUGGUCGGUCGUGUCACCUCCGAGUCCGCUCGCCCCAAUCCCAGGCUGAGUGGCCCAGCUACCACACUCAGCCACAGUCCAACGCAGGUUCUCAGACUUUAGUCAUCGAGCGCUCCUUCUCCCUUGGAACAGCCGCACGCACAGGCAUGGAUGAUAUCCUUCCACUGGUGAAAAAUAUAGUCCCUCCAUUGACAUCUAAAAAGCACAAAGGCCAAGACGGGCGGAUUGGGAUUAUUGGGGGAUGUCAAGAGUAUACAGGAGCUCCGUACUUUGCUGCUAUUUCUGCAUUGAAAGUGGGGGCCGACCUGUCACACGUGUUCUGCACUAAAGACGCAGCAAUAGUGAUCAAAUCCUACAGUCCGGAGCUCAUAGUUCAUCCUGUGCUGGACAGCCCCAAUGCAGUGGAGGAGAUAGAGAAAUGGCUCCCCAGACUCCAUAGCCUGGUGGUGGGACCGGGGCUAGGCAGAGACGACAAACUGCUGAAAAACGCCAAGGAAGUAAUUGAGAAGUCCAAAGCAAGAGAUAUCCCUAUAGUUAUUGAUGCAGAUGGGCUGUGGCUGGUUGCUCAGCAGCCAUCAGUCAUCCAAGGGUACCAGAAGGGCAUCCUGACUCCCAACUACAUGGAGUUCACCCGGUUAUAUGAGGCUAUGCACCAUGAGCCUCUGGAUAGCAGUGACCAUCAGAGGAGUGCCAUGGAGCUCAGUGUUGCCAUGGGCAACCUGACCGUGGUGCUCAAGGGGGAGGAAGACCUAAUCACCGACGGUAACAAGGUGAUCUUGUGCAGACAGGAGGGCAGCGGGCGGCGGUGUGGGGGGCAAGGAGACCUCCUAUCUGGCUCUCUGGGAGUGCUGGCACACUGGGCAUACACCUCCUCAGAAGACAUGACCAAAAGUGUGAACCCAUCAGUGGUGGCAGCUUUCGGGGCCUGUUCUCUGACCAGACAGUGUAACAGACAGGCCUUUCACAAACAUGGCCGAGCCACCACCACCACAGACAUGAUCCAGGAGAUCAGCUCUGCCUUCAAAAAACUAUUUGAGAGCUGAGAACAGUCUAUAGGAGCAGAGUCCAAGAUACACUAUAUAUACAAAAGUAAGUGGACUCCCCUUCAAAUGAGUGAAUUCGGGUUUUUCAGCAACACCGUUGACAGGUGUAUAAAAUCGAGCACACAGCCAUGCAAUCUCCAUAGACCAACAUUGGCAGUAGAAUGGCCUUACUGAAGUGCGUGGCACUGUCAUAGGAUGCCACCCUCCCAACAAGUCAGUUCACCAAAUUUCAGUUUGACGAACAGGUGUCCACAUACUUUUGGUCAUGUAGUGUACUGUACAUGUAUACAUAAAGUAUUACAUUCAUAAACACAAACACUUUCUUCCAUGGGAAUCCUGAACAUCCAUUAUCUUCUUUGACAUUGGGCCAAAGAGCCCAACUAUCAAUGUAGCUAGUCUUUACCUCAGAGGUAGUUUCUGAUUGAGUCAACAUUUGCAUCGUUUUACCAUAAAUGCAAUAUUCACAAACGCGGUAACAUUGCCUUUCAAAAGCUGCAUAGUUGACAACCCUCGAUCAGAUUGAGUUAAUAAGAAAUAAUUCACACAAAAUAGUCCGACUUCAACAUAUGAAACCACUUCUAGCAUAGCCGCAGGAAGAUGUUUGAGGGUGCUGCUCUUUUUUUGGCCCGCACUACAUAAGGCUCUCAGUUCGCUAAUGCGGACUAGUAAAGGCCCAGUGCAGUACUUUAGUGAAAAAACUAAAUAAAAAAUGCAUUAAUUAACCACUAUUUCCCACUGGUAUGACUCGUAGUUUAUUGGUGCUCAAUAAGUUAUAGACCUUGACAAUUUUUAUUUACAUUGAUAAAUACAUUUUGGCUAUGUUGUCUCUCUUACACUGGACCCAUUGAAACAAAAAAUGACAAUGUAAAUGACAAUGACAAUAUUUCCUUUACACUGGAGUUUUAUUUUCUUAGUGUCUCCUUUGCUAUUCAAAAAAGUAUGAAAGCCAGCACUUCAUAAUUAAUGGGGCACAUGAGGGUGAGCUGAGAUUACACACCUUAAUAUCAGACUACCCAAUGUACACAUACUGUAACACACUGAGCAAUACCUGGUGAAAGUUAGAGAAUACAAUUUAGAAUCUGUGAUUUGUUUCCAGACAGUUAAUCAUAUUCCAUAAAUGACUUUACUGUCAUGAAUAAUAUAAUCUUAGUGACAUAUGGUGUUGUCUCCUGUUUUUGUCAACCACCCUAUAUUAAAAUGUUGGAGUUCA